AUGUCAUUGUGCCCAUGCGAACCCACACCCCCCCCCCCAUUCGGUACUUUUGAUCAACAAGAGCCUGCAGCUAGCGUCAACCACUCGACACCCGUGCCUGGCCGAAUCAAAGGCCAAAACAUGCUUCGAGCCUCCUCAUUGGCCAAGCCCCAGCGCCUGCAACUUCUCGUCCCACAGAAAACCUCUCCAAGCCACAGCAAACUCAAAUGCUCACAACCCUGCCAAUUCCACACGCUGCCUGUGCCUGUGCCUGGGCCUGCAAUCCCCAUGCACUGUCCUCCAUCCUCCCGUCGGCCUCCACCCACUGCAACCUGCCGCAUCAACCUGGAUACCGCUGAGACAAACGCUUCGAGCAGUCCUGCAGUCAGCAACACCCUCGCUCCCUCGUCCCCUCUUCCCCUCUCUUCCCGCAAUCUUAUUCCCGAUUCCACGUUUUUCAUUGGCGCUAAUGACGUAUCCCGUUUCCCAACUAAGAAAACAUGGCUAGUCAGGAGCCUGUCUGAAACUUUGGCCGUAACAGAAAGAAAGCAUCUAGAAACUUCCUUGCAUCUAGCGCAUGGAACGGGUCUCCCGCGUCCCGACUACACAUAG